AUGAAUUCCCUGAAAAUCAUUCCUUAUACCUAUGCAUCUACAAGACGGUUGCCCAAAGAGAAAAAUUCACAUCUUCAAGAAUCCAUGAAAUCCGACACUCGGGUUCAUGAAACUUUUGAUACAGAUCAGCCUGCUGCAAGAACAGAGGUAGAAUCUAAGCAAUGUGAAUAUAAGGACCAAAGCGAAAAUCAAGUACAAGGGAUCAAGAGGUUCUCCGGCAAACGUGAUUCGGAAAGUAUAUUCGAGAAUGGUCAAUUGAAAAAGGCAAGAUCUAGAUCCACCACACCCAGUCCAGAUAGAUCUAUCGAUGUGAACAACGACGCCGUUACAACAUCAACCAAACCUCUUGUAUAUCAUAGCAUAAAUGAAGAACCCUUUUCUUUUGAUGUUACACAAGAUACUGAGCAUAUUCUGACCUCAUCCAUCAACAAAAUACCAAACCGUGACAAUUCGAAAACUGCUUACGUUGAUCACAACGGUAAAAGUAAAGAAGAGGAAGAUUAUCACCCUUCAGCAUGGUAUCGUUUGGGUCCAAUUACUAGCAACCUUUCUCAAAGCUGCACUUAUGUCGCACAAGUUUCUAAUGACAAGCGCGAAUUUCAUAAUAUUAUCGGAAAGGAGCAAAUCGACAAUAAGAUGUGUUAUCUGGUAGAUUGGACUCCGAGUUUAGUACCAUAUUAG